CGCGCACACCGCUCCUUCUCUCUCCUCACUGCUUCAUUUCUCUCUCUAUCUGGGUGGAUUUUGGAGAACCGCAUCAUCGAGUUUUCUCCGCUGAAUUCGAAGAUUUAAACGCUUAACCAUAAGCUUCUUACGAGAACAAGAACAAGAAGAAGGAUUUUGAGUUUUGGAUUUUGAAGUUGAAGAUUGAAAGUUUUCGUUCGGGGGAGAAUUUGAUUCUCUUUUUGGUUUUGGUUUUGGUUUUGGUUUUGAUUUUGAUUUUGAAUCUUGGUUGGUGUUUUUCUUCUUCUUCUUUCAAUUGGGUUUUUUUCUUAUGUAAUGCAUCAGAAGAAAUCUGAAGUUCAGAUCGGAAAAGAAAGCAGCGGCGUCUCUUCCGAUUUCAAUCCAUCCCCUCCUCUUCUUUUCCCAUCUUCAAUCUCAAUUCAUCAGAAACAUCCCCCGCCGCAGUCUCAUAAUAAUAAUCAAUCUCAUCAAUCUUUUCUUUCGUUCACAACCCCUCAAAUCUUAAUUGAAACUCCUUCUCAUCAUGACCCGAUUGUGCCGUCGCCUUCAUCUUCUUCGUCUACUUCGCCUUAUAAGAGACCCCUUUUGACCCAUAAUCACUCUUCUCUCACUAAAUCUCCAACUCUUUAUCGUCUCCCUUCAGCCCCUCAAUUCAAUUCCGUCGAUCCUUCUUUCUUUUCUGUUUCUUUGGCCGUUCGGAGUGCCGCUUUCCGUUUGCUCCGUCGCCUCAAGCAGCUUCGUCGGCUUCGUGUUCAUUUGCGGUUGAUUCUUUUGUUUUCUCUACCCUUUUUCUAUUUCUUGGUUUCUCAUCCAACCCAUUCUUUUUUCCUUGAUUUUCUUUCGGCUUUUGCUUUCUCUGCUGCCCUUUUGUUCUCUCUUAAUCUCGCUGUUCCUCGCCUUCCCUCCAUACGUUUAUUCUUCGCUCGCUCCUUCCCUGUGAAGCUCAUUUCGUCAUCUGCAUCGUCUAGAACGCAUCUUCCGGUUUUUUGGUCAAUUGGGUCUCGGUCAAAAUCAGAGAAGAGAUUGAAUUCUGGUUGUUGGGUUCAGGUCUACAGUGAUGGCGAUGUUUAUGAGGGUGAGUUUCAUAAGGGCAAGUGUUCAGGUAGUGGUGUUUAUUAUUACUAUAUGAGUGGUAGAUAUGAAGGAGACUGGAUUGAUGGAAAAUAUGAUGGAUAUGGUGUUGAGACAUGGGCUAGAGGAAGCCGGUACCGUGGGCAGUACCGGCAGGGGCUACGGCACGGUUUUGGGAUGUAUAGGUUUUACACAGGCGAUGUUUAUGCCGGAGAAUGGUCUAAUGGGCAAAGCCAUGGGUGUGGAGUUCAUACCUGCGACGAUGGAAGCCGAUUCGUUGGGGAAUUCAAGUGGGGCGUCAAACAUGGGCUUGGUCAUUAUCAUUUCAGAAAUGGGGACACAUAUGCUGGUGAAUAUUUUGCCGAUAAAAUGCAUGGAUUUGGGGUUUAUCAAUUUGCUAACAAUGGACACCGCUACGAGGGGGCUUGGCAUGAAGGCAGAAGACAAGGACUUGGAAUGUAUACAUAUAGAAAUGGAGAAACCCAAUCCGGUCACUGGCAAAAUGGAGUUCUUGACAUUCCUAGCACUCAGAAUUCCACUUAUCCAGUGUCCCCCGUCGCAGUUUAUCAUUCCAAAGUACUGAAUGCAGUGCAGGAAGCAAGACGAGCGGCUGAGAAAGCCUACGAUGUGGGCAAAGUGGACGAAAGGGUUAACCGAGCAGUAGCAGCGGCUAAUAGAGCAGCCAAUGCAGCUAGAGUAGCAGCAAUCAAAGCAGUACAAAAGCAAAUGCAACGCGGCAGAAAUAACGACAAUAUGCCAGUUACAGUUGUUUGAGUCUCUUCAGCAGCAGUUCAUCAGUCAAUAACUUCAUAGGAAGGUUUGUUUGAUUCCUGUUCGGUUUCUUUUGUCUCUCCUUACUUUUUAGCUCAUGUGUUAAAGAGGAGGGAUCGGAUAUGGGAAACUGAAGAGGAGCUGAAAUAGCUAGAAUUGCUCUGCAUUAACAUUCUCUAAUGAGGGGAAAAAAGGGUGGGGGGGAGAGAGAGAGAGGAUAAAGUAUAUGCAUAUGAUAAACUAAUUUUACACUUUGUUCCAUUUUUGUAAAGAUGAGAGGAAGAGAGAAGGUAAGAUGAUGUGAAUGAAAUUACUGCUGGAAGCGGAUGAAAGUCUUAUCCCCAAAGCUAUGUUGUAUUUGAAUUUGCUGCUCUUUUUCUUCAUUACUAUAUAAAAUUGUCCAUACGUAGCCUGAUGUGACAAAAGUA